UUCACUUCACUUCUCUUUCCGACGUUGCCCCGCACAGACGGUUAUAUUUCGAAUCGAAAUUGAAAAAGAUACUAUUCUAUCUUCCCCCCCGGUGAUCUUGUGUGUGCGCGCUCUGUAGAAUAAUCCGGGCCAUAAAGUCCGAGAUCCAGAAGAAUAGUUUCCAAUCAAUAACAAUAGCGAUUCCCCCUGGAGAAAGGUGCUGACAGUGCUGGCCGGAAAUUGGAACGCUCCAACGUCAACAUAAUUACGCGGCAAUAAUUUCUUCGAAAAAUCGAAAAGGUCACCAGAAAUCAAUCGUCGCGCUGUGACAUAGAUUUCGAAACAGCAUCGAACAAAAGCCCAAAACGCAGCAUAUUGGAUAUCUACUUAGGCUCAGACCGGCGACGAGUGCACUCCCCAUAAAUAAAUAAAAAAACAUACUUAUAAAAUAUAUAAAGAAAAUAAAUAAUGAUGUCCAGACGAUCGCUGCUAAUUGCCGGACUCCUACUGAUCGUGGGCUGCUCCGCGGUUUUAUCCUUUCCCCAAGGUUUAACCGAAGAAGAGAUGCAGAAUGACGAUUUCACCUAUGAUGAUGAUGAUAGUGCGCCCUCUCCACAGACCAAAGCCACAAGUCCCACGAGUCCCAGCGAGAAAGUCAAUAAAACUCUCACGGCAACGGGUAUACGCGGCGAGGAUUUGGUCCUGAAGUGCGAUUUGGAUAGCAAGGUGCUGGCAGAAAGCGUGAUCUUGUGGUAUUUCGGCGAUAAUAUCAUUGCCAAUGGCAAGACCCUGGUGCUGUCCAACUUCAAGCUGGACCCCAAUUACGAUCUGACCAUUCUAAAGGCAAGUCCCCAGGACGCUGGCAGCUACCACUGCCUGGCUGUGCCCUCCAAUUCCGUGGUCUACACAAAGGUCUCCAUUGCCGAACAUUCCCUGGACGCCAUUGCGCCGGAGAGCUCCACUUCCGCGGCAGGAUCAGGAUCUGCGAGCUGCAGUUUGCUGCUGGGCUGGACGUUGCUGGGCUCGACGGUCCUAGUGCUGCUGGGGAUCGGCAGGCAUUAGUUUAGUUUAGUAUUAAGUUGUCUACUUUUUCCAAUCUUCUCAAAAGGAAAUCGAGUAAUUCAAGUCUCUGUUGAUUGUAAAUUUUUGUAUUUUGUAAAGACACACGAAAUCAACUUUAUUUAUUAAAUAAAAAAGGAACCAAAGUAUACAAAA